UGUCUAUCCCAUUAAUCUGCACACAUGGAAGUUUUACCGGAAGACUGCAUAGCACACAUCCUCUCCUGUGUGACACCUCAGGAUGUGUGUCGAUUUACAGUGGUGGCUUCCGCUAUUAGAGAUGCUGCAGAGUCAGAGGUGUUGUGGGAUAAGUUCUUGCCACCUGAUUAUCACCAAAUCAUAUCGAGAAGUGUGUGUCCAUUGACUUUCGAAUCCAAAAAGGAACUCUUCUUUAAGCUUUCGGCUCCUAUUCUCAUUGACGGUGGCCUCAAGACAUUCUCGAUAGAGAAAGCAACGGGAAAGAAGUGUUACACUUUAAGUGCAAGAGAUCUUUAUAUCGCUUGGUCAUCCAAUUCUCUCUUUUGGUGUUGGAAACCUUGUACUAAAUCGAGAUUCUCCGAAGUUGUUGAGCUUAGAAUGACGAGUUGGCUUGAAAUUGAAGGGAAGAUCAACACACGGAAUUUGUCACCUGAUACCUAUUAUAGAGCAUAUCUCAUUACAGAAGUGGCUCAUUAUCGUGCCUUCGGGUUAGAUGUUUUACCAUGUGAGGUUUCAGUUGAAGUUGGUGAAAGCCAUUCACAGGGGAAGAUAAACUUCUCUCAUAACAAAUGCAUCAAGCCAUGCUUUGAGCGCACAUGUCGCCCAAACGAGGUUAAAGAAGGGUUGAGAUCAAAAUUUGGAGAAUAUAUUUCAAGGUUUUGUCUUGAGCGAAAGGAUGGAUGGUUGGAGAUUGAAUUGGGUGAGUUUUACAAUGAUGGAAGUUAUGAGAAAGAGGUUAAAAUGAAUUUAAGAGAGGUCAAUGGUGUGCACUUGAAAGGGGGGCUUAUUGUUGAAGGAAUUGAAAUUAGACCUAUCUAGUAAGAUAAUUAUGCACAAAAAUUGAAAACAUCAUACUUGAAUUGUAUUAGGGUUGAACAUGUAUCAUGCAUUUGGUUUUUGGUUUGCAUCUUUUACAAAACUGGCUUGUGAUAGGUUAACUUUAGUAAAAAAAAUUAACUAGCUAUUACAAAGAGAAAAUAUUAUCUGUAUGCGUCUUCUCGAUGUCAAGAUCUAUAAGAUGAGAUUCUCGAGUCUCUGCCUAAACAAGUA